AAGAAGUAGAGCUCAAAGUUUUCCGGGGCUAACAGAAACGUACCGCUCCGCCGACGAACGCUUUCUGUCUCCAACGCGACCUGACGAUCGAUCCCUCCUCCGCCUCAUCGCCUCCCCUUUCUAGAACAAGGUUCCACGCUUCUAAACGUAUCUAGUCAAGACUACAAGCACGCGAUUUCGUCCAACCCUGUUAGCUUGUCUCCCCAUAUCCGCCAGCCAUUCGAUUGUCUAUUCACUGAAGGGGUUCCCAACGGCUUCUUACCACACGCGCAAUGUCCGGCGCAAGACAUUGGGAGCAAGAUAAAGAGGCCACCGUCUACAUCGGAAAUCUCGAUGAGCGGGUCACUGAUAGCCUAGUAUGGGAGCUAAUGCUUCAAGCCGGGCGCAUCGUCAACGUUCACCUGCCAAAAGAUCGAGUUACACAGUCACAUCAGGGCUAUGGAUUCGUGGAGUUCAUCAGUGAAGAGGAUGCUGAGUAUGCUUCACGUAUCAUGAAUGGGAUUCGCCUGUACGGAAAGCCCAUACGUGUGAACAAGGCAUCCGCCGACAAGCAGAAGUCCGUGGAAAUCGGUGCCGAGCUGUUCGUCGGCAACCUCGACCCCAUGGUGACAGAGCAGGUUCUUUAUGAUACUUUCAGCCGUUUUGGGAACUUGGUCACUCUACCAAAGAUCGCACGAGAUGAUAAUAAUUUGUCAAAGGGUUAUGGGUUCGUGUCGUUUGCAGACUUCGAAUCAUCAGAUGCCGCCAUAGUGAACAUGAACGGCCAGUAUCUGAUGAACAAACAGGUCUCAGUCCAGUAUGCAUACAAGAAGGACGGCAAGGGUGAGCGACACGGAGACCAGGCGGAGCGAAUGCUAGCGGCGCAGGCUCGUAAACACAAUGUGCGCCCGCCGACCCAGCCGCUCCCAGCGCAUUUCUCCGGACCUAGUACUCCUAUGGUAGCAACAGGCAUGGCCAGUGGCGACAACUCCCGACCCGUUAGCACUGGUCCGCCCGAUUUAAGUAUGGGAAGGGGCGUGCCGCCUCCGCCUCCGACAUCUGGCUUUCAGAAUACGCCUCAGCCGAAUAGAACGAUCCAUCCUCCUACAUCAUUAGCCAACCCGCCGCCAGGUUUACCCGCACGGCCUCCGCCUUCGCAAGCCGGUUAUGGAGGGCCGCAGGCCUUUCUUCCCACGGGUUACAAUAGCUCCGGUCAACAACCACCUUACCCUGUUCAGACAGCACCUCCACCAGGAUUUGCACAGCCAGGUUACAGUCCUGCUUCGGGGACCCCGGGCCCUCCGCCCCCCUUGCCACCAGGCUUCCAACAACCUAGCUAUGGGCGAGGUCGUUGAGCCUCGGUAUCAUAAUUGU